GCCGUCGGCUCCGCCCCGGGUCAGCGAAAGUUUCGGGCAGUUCCUGCCGCAGCUGUGGCCGCCCGGAGCCCGCGCAAGGAACCGGGGAAGCGGAGGGGCGCGCGCUGCCGGCAGCUGCACCCUGGGAAGGAGAAGCGGCUUUGCGGCCGGAGGUCACGAUGGAGGCUGUUGACCUGUCCUUCCUCUCGGAUGCGGAGCGGGAUUUGAUCCUCCAGGUCCUCCAGCGAGACGAGGAGCUGCGGAAAGCGGAAGAGAGGAGAAUUAGGCGCUUGAAGAAUGAGCUGCUGGAGAUCCGAAGAAAGGGAGCCAAGAGGGGCAGCCAGCGCUACAGCGAGCGGACGUGCGCCCGCUGCCAGCAGAGCCUGGGCCGGGUCAGACCCAAGGCGCACACUUGCCGCGGCUGUAAUCACCUGGUGUGCCGGGACUGCCGCGCCUACAGCGCCGACAGCUCCUGGCGCUGCAAAGUCUGCACCAAGGAGGCGGACCUGAAGAAAGCAACCGGCGACUGGUUCUACGACCAAAGAGUCAAUCGUUUCGCUAACAGGCUGGGCAGCGACAUCAUCCGAAUGUCCCUUCGGCGCAAACCGCAGGCUAACAAAAGGGAGACAGCAGGGCAAGCCCUUCUUCAGAAGGCACAGCUCAGCGAUCCCAAAGGCUGCCCCAAAGCAGCGCAAAGGAGUCCUCAGCAACAGCGCAAGGAAUCCAGCUUGAUCCCGGAGCCCUCGGAGCCACGGGAUGCGAAGAGCGACACGGAAUCCACCGAGAACAUGAGCCUGGAUGGCUCCCGUCCUGCCGUCUCUGCUCCCGGUCCCCCAGCUGCUGGUCCCAGCCCUCGCCAAGAGAGGACGAAAGCUCUUGACCCAUCAGGGUCCAACGCGUCCAGCCUGACUCUUCCAGUCCGCUUCAGAGAGACUCCCUUCUCCUAUUCAGACACUGAAGCUCGUUUCGGGAGCCACGGUGUAGCUUCAGCUGAAGACAACGACACCUUGUUCAAGAAGAAUCCCAGGAGAAUUCAGAGGCCUUCAGAGUACACCAAAUCAGUGAUCGACCUGCGGCCGGAGGAGCCCGUCGGCGGAAGCGGACCUCUGGGCGAUAGAAGCAAGUCCGUUCCGGGCCUCAAUGUUGAAAUGGAGGAGGAAGAAGAGGAGGACAUAGACAACCUGGUAGAGAUUCACCGGAGAAGAGCAGCCAGAGGCAGCAUGCGCAGCGGGGCGUCCUCGAGCACUUUGGGAAGCAUGGUUAGUAUCUACAGCGAAGCGGGUGACUUCGGCAACGUCUGCGUGACGGGGGAAAUUGCCUUCUCCUUGAGCUAUGAGCGGAAGACGCAGACCCUGUUCAUCCACGUGAAAGAGUGCCGCCACUUGGCGUUUGCCGACGAGGCCAAGAAGCGCUCCAACCCGUAUGUGAAGACGUACCUUCUCCCGGACAAAUCCCGCCAGGGGAAGCGCAAAACCACCAUCAAGCGGAACACCGUCAACCCCCUGUACAACGAGGUGCUCAAGUACGAGAUCAACCAGUCCCUCCUUCCAACCAGAACCUUGCAGUUCUCCAUCUGGCAUCACGAUCGCUUUGGCCGGAAUACAUUCCUAGGAGAGGUGGAGAUUCCAAUGGAUGCCUGGAACUUUGAGAGCCAGUUUGAAGAAUGCCUCCCACUCCACGGCAAGAAUGCCGCAGACUCUGCCACCUCUCCUCAAUAUAAAGGCGAGUUGAUGGUUUCCUUGAAGUUCAUUCCCCCCGUCAAGCACCCCAAUGCCGGAAAUGGGAAAAAAGGCAAAAAGGAAGAAGGAGGUGAACUUCAAGUGUGGAUCAAAGAAGCCAAGAACUUGACAGCCGCCAAGUCCGGUGGGACAUCUGACAGCUUUGUUAAGGGAUAUUUGCUACCUCUGAGGAACAGGGCUACCAAAAGGAAGACGCCGGUGGUGAAGAAGAGUUUGAACCCCCACUACAACCACACCUUGGUCUACAACAACAUCAGCUCGGAGGAGCUGCCCCACAUCUGCCUGGAGCUCACCGUUUGGGACCGGGAGCCCCUAUCCAGCAACGACUUCUUGGGCGGAGUCCGGCUUGGAGUUGGGAAUGGAAUGUGUAACGGCCAGGUGGUGGACUGGAUGGAUUCCACAGGCGAGGAGAUCAAUCUCUGGCAGAAGAUGUGCAAGUACCCAGGAUCCUGGGCAGAGGGCACCCUUCCCCUCCGCGCCACCAUGGCCAGGCCAAAGCCCUAACUUUGCUCCUGCCCGGUUUUGAGACUGAGCCCAGGGGGCGGAGGAAGGCCAAGGCAGCUGCCUCGGAGCGCUUACACGAGAGCGAGACAUCCAGGCUCCACAUGUGUGUAGUAACACAGCUAACUUUGCAACGGCCCUUGCAGCUGGCGCGUUCGGAAGCAAUAUCCUUGGCAGCCGGUUUUAUUUCAAAGGAUAUUGGUUUCGUAACUUUAUUGGAAUUGGAGAUGUUUUUCCUGGGAUGUGUGUGUCCCAAAGUGCCUUUUAAACCUGUUUUGUUUUCUGUCUUCUUUCUCCUCCUGCCGCUCCCUUUCUUCCGUCUUUGUUCUUGUUCUUAAAAAGCCUUUGGCAGGCUCCAUUUCUACAUCCUGUUCCCGUUUUAAAUUGCCUUCUGUUCUGCGUGCGUUGGGGGGGGGAAAAGGUCAUUGAAAUAAAGUUCAAACGGAUGAGCUGGAGGC